AUGCAGGGUGAUUAUCUUCGAGCUAUAGAUUGCUUUUGGCGGUCAUAUAGAAUCAAGAAGAAAAACUUUAAAGAUAAUAGUUGGCACAGAAUAGAUUCAGCGGAAUAUUUAGGAAAAGCUUACUUUGCUAUAGAUCAAUUAAAAGAAGCUAAAUACUGGUUCAAAAUAGUAAUAAAAAAAAAUAAAGAUUAUGAAGAAUACAAAGAUUAUCAAUUUUGGGCAAAAAUUAAUAACAUUUUGGGUGAAAUAUCUCUCAGAACUAGAAAAGUCAAGCGUAAGAAAGACAGGGAAAGUGAUUAUAAUUCUUUUAGAGGGUCAAAGUGCUUUUACAAAAGGGUUGUUAAUGUCCCAGAAGAUACGUAUAGAAAUAAAGUUGAAUUGAGUAAAGCUUUCUAUGGGAUCGGAAAAGCACACUUAGAAAAAUCCAGAUUCAAAACAGCAAAGGAAAAUUUUAAAAAAUCCAGAUUCGAAACAGUAAAGGAAAAUUUAGAAAAAUCCAAGGAAAUUCUAAAUGGAAUAUCAAACCAUCGCCGCCUGUUGAUUGCAGAUAUUCGAGAUGAAAUUGCAAAAUUAUAUAAGAGUCUUAAUAAGUUAGACGCCUCUAAGAAAGAGUACAUGGAAAGUUUAAAAUUUCGGAAAGAAAUCUGCGAUAAGCAUAAAAUCGAUUUUGUGAGAUCCUAUUAUAGCCGUCCAUAUUCAUUGAUAAAUCGCGAAAAUAGUGGAAAUAAUGGAAAUAGUUGCAAUGAACAAGAUAUAGAAGACUUUCAGUGGUUGAAGGACGAAAUUGAUAAGAUAGCUAAAUUCAUAGAGGAACCAUUAAGUAGUAAUAAAGGUAACGAUGGGGAGACAAAUGUCAGGAUACUGUCUGAUAAUUCAAGCGAUCACCCAGGUAUUACCAGUGGAAUAAACAAUAAAAAGUCAAAUAUGAAAGAUACCACGGCCAAUAUCUCACCUGUGAAGAACAGAAAUAGUAAGACUAACGAUAAUUACCAGAAGACGGCGACUUCCAAAACUUUUGUCCCAAUUUCGCAAAAGCAGGAUGUAAUGCACCGAAGUAUAAGCUAUAUCGAUUUAUCAGAUUCUUUUUCACAUUUCGAAUUUGAUGACAACGAAGAUCAGAUGAACUAUUUCAUUCCAGACAAGAACGCCAAACUAGCAAUGUGCUUCGUGAAUCAACUGCUAACUGUAGAAAGAGGUGAAAGAAUCGCUAAUGAGAAGCUAUUAACCAGUAAAGUAAUAACUGAUACAGCCAGACUGUCAGAGAGUAGGAGCGAAUUGGCUCCACCAAAUGCAAGUAACAAGAAUUUAAAUGCAUCUGAACCUGAAAUCAACGGUUUAAACUCUAUUAAAACUGGUCAUAGCCAGAGUAAAUUAUCUGAGCCAAAAACUACUGCAAGGAAAUUCGUUAGUAUGAAAAAUAGGGACGAAAGCUCUGUUUUAACCAUAGCCAGGACAGCUAUUAAAGAAUUUCAAGAAGCCUAUGAAACAGCAUUUGAUGGCGGUGAAUGCUUAAAUAACUUUGCUAAUAUUAUGCUCAUUGGGCCAAAUCACGAUGGGAAAUCUUUUAUUUAUAAAUCCCUAACUAAACAGCCAGAAAGUUCUUCUAAUGGGGCACCGGUGUUAAUCAACUUGGAUAGUAUAAAACAAGCUAGUAAUUCGGACGAAAAAAUUAUUUUUGACAUACAAUCUUUCAUUGAUAGUAAAGUACUAUCAGUCAUAGAAAAGCAGGGAAAUAUAUCAAGAAAUUCCGAAUUGCAAAGGAUAUUUUUUACUGCUCUUGAAAAAGGCAACGAUCAGCCUAGUGAUAAAAGUAGAAUAACCGUUCCAAGUAGUGAUAAAGUUUCAGUUGAUAACAUCGAUAUAGGCUAUCACCUUAAUGAUAAUGAUAACGAAAUCACCAGAACUAACUAUACUGAUAAUAAUAUUAUCAGCUUACUUAAGGAAACUGCUAAACAUUUAUCUUCACCGUCUUUCUCGCGAUGUUUCCAGAAAUUCUAUCAGAGGAGUAAAUAUUACCAUGAUAAUCGUUUUGCUAAAAUUUGGAAUUUUGACAAUCAUUCAUACUAUCAACCCUUCAAAUUUCAGUAUAAUGUUUACAUUGCACCUUUUGAUGUCAGUUUCAAACAGGAUGAAAUUGACAUUGAUGAUUAUAGUGCUGUACAUUAUCAUAGAGCGAAGUACUCGUCAAAACAGAAUUAUGAUAUUAUAGUAGAAAAGAGUGGAUCACACAUUAGAAUUCAGUAUUACUAUGAAGAUAUAGAUGAAUCGAAAGAAAAUGACCAGAUUGCAACGGAGGAAAUUUCAGAAUUGCCAAGCAAUGAUCAAUUAUGCAUUCAUUUUAAAACGCUGUUAUCGAAAAUUGUGAAAGAUGCUCAUCCUGAGCAACAAGAAAUUGACUGCGAAUAUUUUUUUCCCUGCCUAAAAUGUGAUCAAUUAAUACCUUGGCCUAGUAAUUCUGUAGCGCAAAUAAUCAAAUGCGCCAACACUAAAUGCCGUGCCAAGAAUAAAUUAGCAGACAUGAAAGGUUGGAAUUCAGCAUUCGCAGCUACAAUCCGUAUGGCAACCUUUUACCUUAUUUUACUCAUAGUUAAAUUAUUCUUAGUAAGACUAUUCUACUGCGGACCAUCAUUUAUCCAAUAUGGAUACGACUAG